CCCGGUCACUCAGGCCCGUUUGGGCGGGAAGAAGCCGGAGGGGCGGGUUUAAAAAAAGGCUUCCGCGCCGGCCGGCGAAGAGGGCGUCGUUCUUCCUGAGGUGGCGGCGGGUCCUUCUCCUUUCCGUGCCAACCCCCUUGCAGUUCCUGGGCUGCUGCGGCUGCAGCGAGGCGGAAGGCGGCCGGUAGCAGCGGUUGUUGCUGUUGUUUGUUUGUUUCCCCGCUUCAUACCCCAGGCAUGAUGUCCGAAAGCGAAGGGGGAGCGGCUGUUGGGGUGCUGUCGGCUCGGGGAGCCCGUAUCGCCAGCAGCCCCUCUGGGUUGCUGGACAAGGGCUUCGACCUGUACAUGGGGGACCCCUUUGACGCCGAGAGCAACCCUCAGGGAAUUUUGAAUUUUGGAACAAGUGAGAACAAACUUUGCUUUGAUUUAAUACAAGAAAGGUUUUCAAAACCUGAUAUGAAUUAUUUGGAGCCUCAUUUGCUGCAGUACUUGGAUACACAAGGCCUUAAAAGCUUCCGAGAAGAAAUUGCCAAGUUUCUUACUGAAUAUGCAAAAGCUUCAACAGCAGUGGAUCCAGAAAAUAUUAUUGUGAUGAAUGGCUGCUGUUCAGUUUUUGCAACCCUUUCAACUGUACUGUGUGAUCCUGGAGAUGGGUAUCUAAUUCCUGCUCCAUAUUAUGGUGGUAUAAAUUCUAAAACCUGGGUGUAUGGAGAAAUGCAACCUGUACAUGUGCCCUUGUUCAGUGAGAUGAUGGAUGAAGAAAGCCGACCUUUCCAAUUAACAGUUGAAAAAUUAGAAGCUGCAUAUCAGAGGGCCAAAGAUCAGGGCAUCCGAGUCAGAGCAUUAAUCCUGAUCAACCCUCACAAUCCAUUAGGGGACAUUUACCCAGCACAGUUACUGAAAGAAUGUCUAGAGUUUGCGCACAGAUACAAAUUGCAUGUAGUCAUGGAUGAAAUCUACAUGCUGUCCGUAUAUGACGAUACCACAUUCACAAGCAUUCUUAGCUUAGAAAGUUUACCAGAUCCAGACCGGACACACUUCAUGUGGGGAUUUAGCAAGGAUUUUGGAAUGUGUGGUAUCAGAGUUGGAAUAUUGUACACCAGAAACCAUGAGAUCAGGGAGGCAGUUAAUCAGCUAGCUGUUUUUCAUGGAUGCCCUGGACCUGUGCAGUAUGUUCUCAAACAAUUCCUUAGUGAUAGAGAAUGGCUGGAUAAUGUGUUUUUCCCAAUCAACAGAAGAAGACUUAAAGAAGCACAGAACAUUCUUGUGGAUGGUCUUGCAGAGAUAGGAAUACCUGUUUUAAAAAGCUCUGGAGGAUUAUAUGUGUGGGCUGACUUCAGGAAAUUUUUAAAGUCGCAGACAUUUGAAGCUGAAAUGGAUUUAUGGUGGAAAAUUCUUGACAGAAAACUUCUCAUUAGUCCUGGCAAAGCCUUUAGCUGUUACGAACCAGGAUGGUUCAGGCUGAUCUUCUCAGACUCCGUAGAUAAGAUUUACUUGUGUAUUCAAAGACUUCGGCAGAUGCUGCAUGAUGAAAUGAAUGAAACCAUUCCUAGUAGUUUGUCUGCUCAAGAAGAUGAGUGUCCUGAGUUAGACGAUGUCAUUUCAGCUAACUACAUGAAUACCUCAGUGGAUGAUGUCUCGGAUGGAUAUUCACAUCUGAAGAAAAUAGUUGUUUUCUAAGAACAUGAAUGCAUUGCAUGUUACAAUUUACUCUAUGACUUGUCUUAUAGCCUAGGAGGUAUGCAUUCACCUUUCAUUGUAACCUAUGGUUACAGCAGUUUGAGUUUACAGGAAGUACUAGAACUAAGGACUAGUUUUUUGGAACUUGGCAGGCUUUUUAUCCUGACUUCUUCGGCAGAUCAUUUAUCAGUUUCUUUAGACUACAGGACAAAUAAUAUGACAUCCAUCUCCCUGAAUGUUCUUGCAGUGAGGUUCUAUGACCAAAAGGAAUCUCACUGGAGGAAAAACAGCUGGAAAAAGUGAAGGGUAGAGAUUCAACAUCUCCAAUUUAUCCUCACUGCACUUUAAAACAGUGAUUAUAUUUAAGAGCAGAUGGGCAGCUCUCUAUUUUGUCCUGUAGUAAUUUCAGUCUUACAUGCAAUCAUCACUUUCAAGUAUUUGAACUUGAUGACUGAUGGUCAGUCUUCAACAACUUGCUGAAUUAAUCUGAAGAAUGAUUCAUCCACUGAGUAAUAUUUACAUGUUAGAUGUAAAUAUUACUGAGACAAUCCUGAAGCUUAAGCUGAGUGUGGGUACCAUAUUUUACUUUCUAAGAAAGUGUCCUACAUUUCUGUUUAAAUAGAAUAUUUGUAUAUCUGGUGUUGAUAUUCUUGGAAAAUCAUCUUCCGUUUCAAUAUUUCAUAUAUGGCUUAUUUUUAGAAAGCAGGAUCCAUUAAAAAUUUGUAUAAGUAAGAUUUAAUGUGGAGGUAUAUGUUUGUCACUGUUAUUACUAGGUAGGUUGUAACUGGUUUGUAGUUUGUCAGAUGCUACAUGCAUAACAGUAUAAUUAUUAAAAAUUAUAAGAGAUA